AUGGAGUAUGCGGGAAUUAAGAAAUUCCUUAUUGCAAGGUUUCUGGACUUUAAUAUGAUAGAUAGCAAAUCAUUUGUCUCUCAAGCGCAGGAAUUACAAAGAAUCAUCCACGAUUUCCUAGCGGAAGAAUACAACUUGGCGGGGAAUCCUCGUGAAUGGUGGAAGGAUUCCGGAGCCACUCGCUAUAAAUUGUAUAGUUCUAUCAAGUGUGUAUAUGAUCUUGAAGAAAAUAGUUUUGCUGGUGAAAUACCCAAAGAGAUAAGCAAUCUUGCUGAGUUGGAGGAACUUAAUCUUGGGCAUAAUAGUUUUAGUGGUCAACUUGAGAUGGAGAACUUCAACAUAUCCGGGAUGAGAGUGAUUUCUCUUACAUUCAACAAUCUAUCUGGAAGCCUCCAACCAAACAUGUGUUCUAUCUUACCCAACAUUGAAGAGCUUUAUCUGGGCAACUUAACCAAUCUUGUUGGGACUAUUCCUCAUUCCAUCUCCAAUUGUUCCAAACUUACUCGUCUAGAGCUUUCAGAAAACAAACUCACUGGCUUGAUUCCAAAUUCUCUUGGAUAUUUGACUCUUCUACAAAUCCUAAACUUGGAGAGAAACUAUUUAACAAGUGAUUCAUCGUUAAACUUCCUGACUUCCUUAACCAAUUGCAGAAAUUUAACAUUUCUAUCUCUAUAUUUGAAUCCUCUAAACAGCAUGCUUCCUGCCUCUGUGGGGAACCUUUCCACAUCUCUUAGAACAUUUGUCGCCAGCAGUUGUAAAAUCAAAGGGCGAAUUCCAAAUGAAGUUGGGAACUUAAGCAGCUUGUUAAAACUUGAUCUUUCUGGAAAUAAUAUUGUCGGAUCAAUUCCCACAUCAAUUGGCAACUUGAGAAACCUUCAGCGGUUCAACUUGAGUAGCAACAAACUUACAGGAUUUAUUGGAGAUCAUAUAUGUAAAUUGCCGCAUUUGGGUGAUAUUUACUUGGAUCAAAAUCAACUUUGA